GCGUGACGUCACACGGAUCAUAUGACUGGCGGCCGCCCGGGACUGUGUGUGCAGUAGCCGCUGGGUUCCGGGUGAUAGACAGGGCGCGUUUCCCUGCACAGCUCCGUACUCCGCUCUCCCUCCUCAGCGUCCCACGGCUUCACCAUGCUGGCCCUCAUCAACAAGCUGCUGGACUGGUUUAAGUCUCUCUUCUGGAAGGAAGAAAUGGAGCUGACGCUGGUCGGACUGCAGUACUCCGGGAAGACCACCUUCGUCAACGUCAUAGCGUCUGGUCAAUUUACAGAAGACAUGAUUCCUACUGUUGGCUUCAACAUGAGAAAAGUUACAAAAGGCAAUGUUACUAUCAAGGUUUGGGAUAUUGGUGGGCAGCCAAGAUUUCGCAGUAUGUGGGAACGCUACUGUAGAGGUGUUAAUGCAGUUGUGUACAUGGUAGAUGCAGCAGACUUGGAUAAAGUGGAAGCAUCUAAAUAUGAAUUGCACAGUUUGCUAGACAAGCCACAGUUGCAUGGAAUCCCUGUUUUAGUUCUUGGAAACAAAAGAGACCUAGCAGGUGCAUUGGAUGAAAAACAGCUUAUUGAAAAACUAAACCUUUCAGCUAUUCAAGAUCGAGAAAUAUGUUGUUAUUCUAUUUCCUGUAAAGAGAAAGAUAAUAUAGACAUUACGUUGCAGUGGCUUAUUCAGCAUUCCAAGUCCAGGCACUACUAAAGGUCCACCAGAAUUGUCUGUCUUUGUCCUUUCUGUAUUGCCCGUUAUAUAGUGGCAGAAGAUUGAACCAAAACAGCUGCUACCGGAAUUCAUGCAUCGUUUGGAGCAGUUUUAUGCAAGCUUCAAUUACAGAUCCAUAAUUUUUUUCCCCCCUUUCCUCUUAAGAAUCAGAAAUGUGGUUUGAACGCUUAUUUUCAACAUUUCCGACCCUUUUAAGCACUUAAGGAUUUACAGGAUGACAUUCUAAUUAAUCAAAAUAUUUUUCAGCUGUAUUUGAGGUACAUUUAAAGUCUGUCAUAUACUGUUUGCUCUGUAUUGUAUUGUACAGAUGGUUGAAGGGCCAAUGUGCAAUAUGGAAUAAUGCUGAAGUACAUCGGUUUUCCUGCCAAUACAAACUUUAUUUGCCAUUGGUGCAAUUACUGCUCUAUUAGAAACCAUGGUUCACACACUCUUUGCUAUAUUUGUAUAUAACCUACAAAGUGACAGGAUUCCAGCCUAAAUCCUUAUUUCUUCAUCUAAAAUGUGUGUGUAUAUGUAUGUGUGUGUAUAUAUAUAUAUAUAUAUAUAUAUAUAUAUAUAUAUAUAUAUAUAUAUAUAUUUCUCCAAAUGUGGCAUAAACGG